AUGAUCGCCCAAAUUUCCUCACCUAUUCGAGCCCUCAUCCUCCUCUUCGCUGUCAUUGGCAGUCUCUACAUCUUUCAUCCAUAUGCGCCUUCUCGCGCGAGCUUCUCCUUCACGAACAGACCACCGAAUAAUGCCACCGCAACCGAGAUCCCACAGAGCGCCCCUCCAGCGAAAGCCCCACACAAUGCCAGUCCAACUGCUACGAAACUAUCUGCGGACAGUACGCCUGAGAUUGCUGAGAACCAUAUCUCUGGAGACAUCGUCGAUGAUCCAGAUGAAGGGGGUCCAAGGGUGCGACAGGCGACCAUGAUAUACGAAACCGAGAGGUUCAAUGCCAUUUACGAAAGGAGCAUAGAUACACAUAUCAAGCAUGGGGAGCAGUGGGGAGUGCCUACGCAUAUACUGCGACACGAUAUUGUUGAAGCAGGAUUCUUCAAUAAGCCCGCUUACAUUCUGGGCCUCAUCAUUGAGGAGAUGGCCAAACCCUACGGCAAGCGGGCCGGUUGGAUUGUAUGGUUUGACGCCGACACGAUAAUCCUCAAUCCCGCCGUCCCCUGGACUCUCUUCCUUCCCCCCUCUGACUUCAACGACAUCCACCUCCUCGCCACCAAAGACUUCAACGGUUUCAACGCCGGCAUGGCAAUAUUCCGUGUGCAUGAAUGGUCGGUACAAAUGCUCUCGGAAACUCUUGCUUUGCGCCAAUUACGACCUGACGCCCAUUUCGAGCAUUACGACCAAGGCGCUCUAUGGUGGGUAAUGGAAAGAGAAGGAUAUGCGGAACAUGUGAUCUAUCAACCGCACGAUUGGUGGAAUGCGUUCGGGCUCGCGAGGGAACCGUAUGACACUGACGCAUUCACGUUGCAUUUUGCUGGAGUUGAUUGUUGUGGGCAGCCGGAGAGUAAGGGAACGGUGAUGGGGAGAUGGUUGGAUAUUGUGGAGAAUAGGCCGCAGGAGUAUGCGGUGGAGCUCGAGAAGACCAAGCUUCCUAAACAGGUGGAGGAUUACUGGGCCUUGUUGAAGAAGGCCAAGAAGACGAUGAUGGAUGUUGAUAGUGCAGGGGACAAUUCACGUGACUUGCAGAUUGCGAAGUCCGAAUUAUGGAUGUACUACUCGCGGCGCGCGGAUAAUGCGACCGAGGUGUCGAUGGGGAUGAAGAAGGUGGAGGGUAUCAUGGCUCAGGUGGCGUCGAAGUCAGGAAAAGACGGACAGCCAUCUUCGCAUCCGGCAGAGGAGACGUUGAAGGAUGCGGUGAUAGAGAAGAACGCAGUGGAUAAAGCCAAGGAAAAGGCACAAGCGAAGCAGGAAGGGGAGUCAGCCAAGAAGGAAGAGAGGCCCGCUAAGAACGAGGAAAAGCCCGCAAAGAAGCAAGAAGCGUCUACUAAGAAAGAAGCGGUAGAGGCGAACGAGAAAGCAGCGCAAGCCCAAAAAGAAGCAGCAUCAGCUAGGAAGGAACCAGCUCCACCAGCCAAGAACAACAGGUAG